UCAAAUUUUAUAGAUGGACAAAUCAUUAUAAAAUUUUAUGAAAAGCAUAACAUACUUGAUGAAGCCAAACGUAGAAAACUAACUGAUCUGCUUGUUACUCAUUUUAUGUAUCAAAAAUCUGGAGACACUACAGAAAUAGUUCGCUUGGUAAAUGGUGAUUUUGAUAUUUUAUCGCAUAAAAUCAACAACUUGUUCCCAAAUGAGCGUCAAGCUUUCUAUUAUGUUCCACCAAAAUGUGAAGGACCUUCCCAAAAAGUAUCUAAAGGAAAAUUACCUGACUUUUAUAGAAAUAAACUAGAUGAGUGCCGUCAAAUUGGUCUUGUACAAAAAAAACGAAAAAGGAUUGACGAUAUUGACGAUAUUCUUGAAUCAAACAUUAAUCUUACAACAAAGCGUGUUUGCAAAACACACUUGCAGUGGUUGCAAUACAACACAGCACCUUGGUCAUCUGUAGAGGAACAUUGGAACAAAUCUCGUGAAUUGAGACAUAUUUUAAUUGCAGAACAUAAAGUAAAUAUUUAUGAUAUUUUCAGUGAAUAUCCAGUACUCAAACAGGAAUUAGGUUACACACUUUUAGAGAAUGAUUACAAUUCUUUAAUCAAUAAAAAAUCAAAUAUUUAUAGUAAAUGGCCCGAACUGUCUAAGAAAUUAGAAACAUUAUUGACAAAACGAGUUAUGAAAGAUAAAACGUUUGCUAAGCGACUAGAAGAAAUUCAAUUAUAUGAAGAGGGAGAUG